CUCUCAUGUGGCCGUUGUGCUACAGCCAGACUUCACACUACACUUUACUCUACAAUGUGCUGUGUCCAAAGGUUUUAUGGAAAACCAAAGUCUGAACACCAUUUGGGACUGUAUUGUUUGUGUACAACUCAGACGGAACAUCUAACCAUGCUCGCAUUGUCCUCUAGAUGGAGCGCGCGCUCUUUCUACUGUGCCAGGGAUUCAUUAAAGGGCGACGGGCCUCCAGUUUGCGUCGUAAUAAUACGUUUGUUUUGUUUUUGGUUUUUUUCAUUAGGACAUCUACUGUUAUACUUAAGGUUAUGCGUGUUAUGUCUGAAAAAUGUAUAUGUUGUAUAUGUCUAGUACGUGUUUGCCAUGGAGGCAUCAUAAAGUCUAGUUGUGCUUUUGUUGUGAAAUACCAAACCGGACGUUGCGCUCGAGGUUGGCCCCGGUUCCGCUUAUGUCAUGUCAGGAGCAGUUGCUGAGGCUGAAGGAAUCCUGCGGCACAUCGGAGUGGACAGUGAGGAGAAAGGACUGUCUCCGUGUUCCAUAGCGCCGCUUAACUGACCCUGAGCCGAGUGAGAGCUGUGCGGGGCCGCGGGGGGAGCCAUGGCGGGACUGGGCAGCGCGGGCCGCCUGCUUUACUGUGUCCGGAGCAGUGUGCAGCUCUGUGUGAGGAGACGCUCCACCGCUGCAGCUCUGGCCCAGACGGCAGCUCCAGACACGCAGGAGAACAGAAAGCCGAAGACGGGGAUCCUAAUGCUGAACAUGGGAGGUCCUGAGAAACUAGAGGACGUCCAUGACUUCCUUCACAGACUCUUCAUGGACACAGACCUCAUGAAGCUCCCAGUGCAAAAUAAACUGGGCCCCUUCAUCGCCAAGCGCCGCACCCCGAAGAUCCAGGAGCAGUACAGUAAGAUCGGAGGCGGCUCUCCCAUCAAGCACUGGACCUCCAUGCAGGGAGAGGGAAUGAUUAAACUACUGGACCAUAUGAGCCCCGAGACAGCUCCUCACAAGUUCUAUAUCGGGUUCCGCUACGUCCACCCUCUGACGGAGGAGGCCAUCGAGCAGAUGGAGAAGGAUGGAGUGGAGAGGGCCGUGGCCUUCACCCAGUACCCCCAGUACAGCUGCUCCACCACAGGCAGCAGUCUGAACGCCAUUUACCGUUACUAUAGCAACAGAAGCGAGCGACCCAAAAUGCGCUGGAGCGUCAUUGACCGGUGGCCCACACACCCUCUGCUGGUGGAGUGUUUUGCAGAACAUGUGAAGAACGAGCUGCAGAAGUUCCCACAGGACAAACGGGACGAUGUGGUCAUUCUGUUCUCUGCCCAUUCACUACCUCUCGCUGUGGUGAACAGGGGGGACCCGUACCCUCAGGAGGUGGGAGCCACAGUUCAGAGGGUCAUGGAGAGACUGGACUACUGCAACCCCUACAGACUGGUGUGGCAGUCCAGAGUGGGCCCCAUGGCGUGGCUGGGCCCUCAGACUGACGAGGUGAUCAAAGGUUUGUGUGAGCGGGGUAAGAAGAACCUUCUGCUGGUCCCCAUCGCCUUCACCUCAGACCACAUCGAGACCCUGCACGAGCUGGACAUUGAGUACAGCCAGGUCCUGGGAGAGGAGUGUGGUGUGGAGAACAUCCGGAGAGCAGAGUCUCUGAACGGAAACCCUCUGUUUAUGAAGGCGCUGGCAGACCUGGUCCAGUCCCACCUGAAGUCCAAGGAGCCAUGCUCCCGUCAGCUGACUCUGCGCUGCCCCCUGUGCACCAACCCCACCUGUGAGCAGACCAAGGCCUUCUUCUCCUCACAGAAGCUCUCCUAACACUCCCCGUGAGGGCCACUGGACUCUCCCAUCCCAGGGCCCAGCACCUGCCUGCUCUCUACUACAGACGUGCUUCUUCUGCACCCAGGAACAAGCUUGGGAAAUGGAGCUGAACUGUCUUUGUUCAAAUAUCACAGUUUGCCGUUGAUUUCAAUCAUUGAUCUUCUUAACCAAACAAAAACCUUCAUAUUGGCAUAACUGAUCCCGCUGGUCCAGUCUGCUGAGCCAUUUUCUAACACCUCAUAUUGCUCGCGGAUGCUAACAAUGCCCCGCCCCCUGCUGCAGUCCCUGUAAUGUGAUUGGACUAGAGCUAAGCAAAAGGUUGUGUUCACGUUCCAGAAUUUGAUGAUGUCAAAGUUUCAGAUGUUGUGCAGUUGUCUAUACAACUCUCUGGGAGAUUCAGUGUGUUUGAAAGAAAUCUUCAAACUUCAUGUUGAACCUUCUCAUCUGUUUGGGAUCAGCUCCACAAACUUGUCAUAAGUCCUUUCACCUGAAACACUCACGUUUUUCGGGUUGAAUAUCGGCUCCACUUUCUGAAACUGUUGUGAAAAAAUUAUUUGACUUUUGUAUUUAUACUAACAGAAGAUUCCAGUUUUUUUUCUUGUGGAUAGGCCCAGGAAUUACAGAGAUAUAAACCAUAAACAAUAAAUGUGUGAUCUGACAGGUCCACAGCAAACUCCACGUGAGCGCUGUGACCUGCCUCAGCUCAGGUUCAGCCACAGGGAGUCUAGAGUGUGCUCAUGUCACGUGAACACAACCUUUUGGUGAAGACAGACUGCAGAUAGGACAGUCUCAAUGCCGUUUGUUAUAGAAAAAACACGUUUUAUGUUCCUUAUAAAAUGUAAGAGACUGUCAUGUUUAGCUCUGCUUUUUAUAUAUAUACAUAUAUAUUUGAAACGCACAAAAUGUUGAAGUGUACACGAGCGCUGGUUAUGACAUUUGUAGUUGAAUUGAAAUGUCCCUGUGUCCCAGCUUUCUUGUUGCCGUUAGAAACGAGAAGUGGACUGCACUGCUUUUGACUUUGUGAAAGACUACUGCUGAAGAUCUAGUGUACUCAUGGGUUUAGCAUCCUGUUAUAGACAACACUUUAAGGACUUUUUCUUAUUUAAAAGAUAUAAUAUUUUGUUCCCAGUUGUUAAUUGCUAUGGCAACAGUCCUAAUUAGUAGGAUAGGUGUGUGUUAUCACCAACCCUAGAGAAGAGACGUGUAUAUGACAUGUGCCUUUCAUUGCACACACACACACACACACACUUACACGUGUGUGAUACAUCCUGAUACAGUGAUACAGUAACAGUUGUACAGGCCCAAUCUGGUUUUGAAAUCAUUGUUUUUAAAGUGCACUAUGUAACUUUUCUGGUAGGUGGUUUGUCACUUGUAUGUCUCCAUGGAGAUUGUGAUAUACAGUCAGUAUUUAUUACUUUGCCUGUAAUGUUCCACUGUUGGGUUUUACUUGCCAAGUGCAGACCAGUCCCUCUGAAAAGUUGAUUACUGCACAGAAAAGACACUUAUAGCUUCACCAAUGUUGUUUUUUCUAAAUGUGCAAACAUGUUUUUAGUAAUCUAACGAUACAACAGUCUGGAGUAAAUACACACAAUAUCAGCAGUACAGUAGCCCUGUGUAUUUGGUGCAUAUUCAUACUUGAAAUGAAUGUACUGCUUGCAGUUUUGACAUCCUACAACACUGAAGUCCUGGUGCUGCUUUCGGCUUAGGGGGCGCUGUUGAUCCUCUGACACUGUUAUCUCUGUACUGUUGUUCAGAUCAAAGCCACAUGUCUUUAUUAGAAUCCUUUGUUUGCCAUUUCCAGCAUAAUGUAUGAACGCUCAGUCUUCCUUUAACAAAAUGACCCUAAAACUUGAGAAUCCUGUGUGUAUUUUUUGUGUCUCUGCAGCACUCACUUAUAAAUCGAUUCAAUUCUCAA